GCGGCCUCUGGUGCCUCCGAGGGCUGCCGCGCCCGCUGUGAAGCAGCGCGCUCCGAGGCCGCUGCGGCGUCCGCGGCGGCGGCAGCGCGGAGGGCGCAGCUGCGGGAGUCGCUGAGCGCUCUGCAGGCGGACCAGGCCGCCUCCGCGGCCGCGGGGCCCCCGCGGCUGGCCGCCGCGGUCGGGGCGCUGAGGUCCGUCCUCGCCGCGCGCGGCCCCGAGGCGGCCGCGGCGCUCGACGCGGUGGACGCGAGGCUGCAGCAGGCCACGCACACGCUCUCGCAGCACGCUCAGCAGAGCAAGGAGGGCAUGUUGACGAUCUUGGAGAGCACGAAGGGCAAAUUGAGUGCCCACUGGGAGUGCGAGCGCGAGGCGAUGGACGCGGCGGGCGCGUCCCUGGCCGGCGCAGCGAGGCAGCAGCGCGAUGGCAACGCUGCCGAGAAGGUGCAGCUGGCGGUCAUCGAGACGGAGGCGGCGCUCUCCACGGACCUGAGCGGGUCGGUGCAGUCGCUGCAGGUGUGGCGGGACAACAUCACGAGCCAGAUCGCCGAGCUCCAGGAGCAGCGCGCGGCAGAGGAGCGGGCUUUGGCGCUGCUACGUCAGCAGCGCGAGGCGCUCCAGGCGGACUCCAGCACGGCGAGGGACUCUCUCGAGAAGGAGAGAGGGCCGAGCUGGGCGCCUGCAGGGCCGAGCUGGAGGCCCUGCGGAGCUCGCAGGAUCGAGUGUGCACGCCGUGGCGCCCUCGAGGCCAUCGUGGGCGUGGUGACCCGGGAGCUCGACGGCAUGGGGCGCGCCCUGGGGGACCGGCUGGACUCGGCAGGCGGCUCGCUGGGCAGGGCCUCCGGGCUCUCCGGCGCCGCCUCGCGCGCCGCCGCGUCGGCGGAGGAGCGCGGCGUGGCGCUCGGUCACGAGGUCUCCGACGUGGUGGCCGACUGGUCCAAGGCCAUCGGGAUCCGCUGCGGGGCCCUGGGUGCCGCACAGGACGCUCCCGCGAUGUGGAGCGCGGGCUGGUGCAAGCGGAGGCCGCGGCCGCACAGGAGACGCGCCUGCGCGACCUCGGGGAGCUCAGCGCCACGUGGGGCGACUGCUGCGAGGAGGUCGCCGGCACCAUCGACGACGUCGAGAGGCGGUGCGGCGCGUACCACGCGGCCGCGGCGGAGGCCCGGCCGCAGUGGCAGGCGGCCCUCGAGCAGGCGUCGCUGGCUGCGGAGAGCUGGGCGUCCGAGGCCGAGCGCCGCACCGACGAGGCCCUCGCGGCCGCGGGCGUCGCACGCUUCGGCCGCAGGGGGCGCCCUCGGCGCGCUGCGCGAGGAGGGCGGGGCGCAAGUCGACGCCGCGGCGGAACAGCAGGCUGUCUGGGACACCGACGGCGGUCGCCUGGGCGCCUCGUUGGCCACUCUGGCGCGUGGCGCCGCGGAGCUGGACCAGGAGGAGACUGCGGGGACGGGGAGCGGCAGCGGCUGGCGCUCGACGGCAUCUGCGAG